GUCAUUCAAUUUACCUUCUCCAUGUUGGAUUGUCCCUGUUUUAUUUUGAUGAGGUGAAGAUAGGAUGUUGAUAAUGAGUGCUGAAAUUGAAAUGGCUUCAUUCAGAGUGAGUGCUGUCUGAAUCUGAAUACAUGCCAGCGAGAGAUAACAUUGCUGCCAGACCGUAUGCAAAUUCAAUUGAAGCACCUUAUUCUCUGAAUUUACGCUACUCCUAUCUGAAAUUGUGUUUGAGCUUGUGAGAUUCCUUAUGACAGUCUGCAAACUUAGUUAACUUGUAGCUGCACGACAUCUUAUUUUGAAGGAUUGUUGUUUACGUCAGAAACGAAACAGUUUCAUCUUGAUGAUUUAUUUUGCAUCAUGCAUGCUUUCAUGAAGCUACCAUUGUUGGCGGCUGCAUGCUAGAUUCUUCUUGCCUUGUAUUCUUCAAUGAUUGUAAUAUAGAGAAAGUUUUCCUUAAGGCAUAAAGAAUCAAUCAAUACUCUUGAGGGAUAGGAAGGUUCAUCAUAUGCAAUCAUCUUCUCACCAUCCCAGUGAAAUAUUUAUUGAAAUUGUAAGAAGAGAUUGAGAUAGGAACUGCAUACUGUAGUACAUUUAUCUGUUGAGAUUCUUGUGCAUGUGCAGACCUUACCAAAUUUCCUGCUGCUUUUACAUAUUGGAUAAUAACAAACAUGGAUUAUAAGCCUUCUGCAAUACCAGUGCCACGCAGGUCACUUUUCACUCCAAGAUAUCCUCCUGCUAAAACAUCAGCAUCGCAAGAUGAGACUGACAGUAAGCCUUCAAAAAAAUCGCGGCAUUCUAAAAUCGACACCUCUACAUCAUCAUGGAACGCAAAAGCCAAAAGUGCUGUUGCGAAGAAGGUGGCUAUGAGGGCCGCAGCUGAGGCUGCUGUUCAAAAGACUGCUCCUGCAAAGAGACCUGCUGCAUCCACAACACAACGAAAGUCCAUUAGUAGACCAUCAACAGGUUCCAGCAGUGGUGCAGUAGAUGAGAAUUUCUUCCAAGCUGCCUAUGAAGAUGUCCCUAGUGUUUCAAUAUUCACAACAAAACAGCUGGAGGAUGAUCUUAGUAAGAUGUCUACCAUUCUAAGUAAUGAUAAAGCAGAUUGGGAACUUCGAGUGACAGCAUUGAAGAAAUUACGAGCAUUCAUCAUAGCCGGUGCAGCAGAAUAUGAUUGCUUUGGGCAAUCACUAAGGCAGAUGGAAGAAGCCCUUAUUUUGUCAGUCAAAGAUCUAAGGUCACAGGUCUUACGAGAAGCUUGUGUCACAUUAGCGUUUUUAUCAAUUCGUCUGAAGCGGCAGUUUGACCAUGCUGCAGAGGUUGUCCUUCCCCAUUUAUUUAUUCUCAUUCAGAAUAGUGCAAAGGUCAUGGCCACAUCAAGCAUGGUUGCAAUAGACGUUAUCAUUAGGCAUACACAUUCACCUAGGCUUAUACCCAUUAUGAAAAGCAAUGCAACUUCUAAGUCAACUGCCAUUAGGAAGCAAACGUUUACAUACAUAAGCACGGUAUUGAAUGUAUGGGACACACAUGCAAUGGAGAGGCAUGCUAGCCUUCUCUGUGAGGUCAUUCACAAGGGUAUUGAGGAUGCAGAUUCAGAAGCUAGGGCUGUCUCAAGAAAAGCAUUCUGGAAGUUCUCAGAGCACUUCAAGAGCCAUGCAGACAAGAUGUUUAACAACCUUGAUGCCUCCAAGCAGAAGAUGCUACAAGGAGAGCUGAGCCAGGCAUCCAGCUGUACCUCCCUUGAUGGCAGGCCGCUUUCACGAUCAUCCACAGCCAGUUCACAUGAAAACCUAAGGUUGGCUAGGGACUACAAGACUGCCAGUCUGCCAAGGAGAUCAGUUGCAUCGAGAGCAAGUCGCACUUCAGAUUCUUCGGACAAGCCCGCCCUCUUGAACCAACGUUCCAGCAGUGAGAUCAACUUGGCGGCUGCGUCAAGGGCCCGAUCACGGUACUCGUCGGCAGGUCAGAGGGCAGCCAGUGGGGCGGCAGCACGUAUUUCUAGAUCUAAAUCAACUUCUCGGGAGAGCUUGGCUGCUACUCCCAGAGGAUCCUCUCUUCUUCAAACUCCUAAUGGUCGUGCAGGGAGAACACGAUCGAGAAUUGGGGUUUCCCAAUCACAACCUGGUAGCAGGUCUAACAGCCGGUCCAGCUCACCUUCGACAGCCUCCUCAAGAUAUUCCAACAUUCAGACCAACGGUAGGACAAGGAGGAAGAGUGGAAUUCCAGUGCCUCGUAGUCAAGGGGCAAGCAGAGAGGCCAGUCCUAACAGAUAUGGAUAUGCUAGUGCUCGAGAGAGGCGGCAGAGUGGAUCAUCUCUUGGUCCUGCACAGAGAGAGCCCAAAGAGAAGCAGAACAUCAUGGCCCAGAGAGUCCUGGUUCCUGGCCAAGAUGCAGAGGCUGCCUUAGCUGAUGCUCUGAUAUCUGCCCAGAGAGCCCUCAGGAGCAACUAUGGGUACGGUUACGAUUCUGAUUACUCCGACAAUUUGACCCAGAAAGUGAUGCAAAGGAAGAGAUAUGAAAACUUUUCAGAUGAUGAAAGCGAUGCUUCCAGUGUCUGUUCUGUAGGAUCAUAUGGGUCGGGACCAGCAAAGAUCAUUGAGGAUGUAUCAGAAGUCCUAAACAAGAUGGCAAGUCCUGCAUGGUCAGAGCGGAAAGAAGGGUUAAUAGGUCUUCAGUAUACCCUACAUAGCAACAGAGCACUAAGUCGGUCUGAAAUAAAGAGAAUCACAGAGUUGUUUACAAGGAUGUUUGCUGACCCACAGAGCAAGACAUUCAGCCUGUUCUUAGAGACAUUAGGAGAGUUCAUCAUAGUGCACAAAACUGAGCUACUGGACUGGUUAUUUGUACUCAUCACAAGACUAUUACAGAAGAUGGGGUCAGAUUUAUUAGGUUCUAUUCUCAACAAAAUUCAAAGGACACUAGAAAUUGUCAGGGAAAGCUUCCCAUAUGAGAUUCAAUUUAGGAUACUAACCAAGUACAUUAUGGACCAGACACAAACACCUAACAUGAAGACAAAAGUUGCCAUGUUACGGUACAUGGAGAGUUUGACAGAUGUGAUGGAUCCUGCAGACUUCAGUAACUCAGCAGAAACCAGGUUAGCUGUCUCAAGAAUCAUUGGAUGGACCAAAGAGGCCAAGAGCCCCGAAGUCAGGAGGGCAUCCCAAGCUGUAUUGAUAGCCUUGUUUGAACUCAACACCCCAGAAUUUAGCAUGAUGUUAUCUGUACUACCCAAGACCUAUCAGGAGGGGGCGACCAAGCUCUUGCGCAAUGACCUGCGUAUAGCAUCCACCAUUGAUGAUGAGAUUACUGCUCAGGAGUAUAGAAGUAAAGCUUCCCCAAGAUCAGCCUUGAAAGCUUCCCCUCGAUCAACAGGUUCCUCACCCCGUGGCAGCUAUGCCAGCAACGGCCCUCCAGACACUGAGUUCCUCAACUCAGAAGACAUCUAUGACUCACUCCGCCGAACCACCGCUGAAAUACAGAACUACAUGCACAGCAGCCGCGAUGAUCUUGAUCAUGUCGCAGUCAGCAAGGAAACGAGAGUGGACAGUGAUGAGGUAUUGCCUGACCUGGUGCCAGGCAUAAGAGUGGACAGUCCCGAGGGCAAGGUCAAGGAGUACCUGGAGUACCGCAUGGUACCUGACCCAGACUCCAUGCUGUCACCCCCACCGAUCACCCACAGUAGAUCAUGCGGGGACUACCGUACAGUAAGCGGUGCACGCUCUCCCACCCCACAAAAAAAGCUCCCAGCUGCCUCUUCCCAAGCUAAGUCCCAUAGCAAAGGCAGACCCACAUUGAAAAUCCCAUCAGCAAGUGGGCGGGGGUCACGCAACCAAUCCCCUGCUGCCAAGAACAGAGUCCGUGCACGUUCCCAGUCCCCAUCUCCCCCUGCUCGUGCUAAUCAAUGUUUCACAGAUUAUGAUCAUGCCUCUCCUACCCCACCAGUCUUCUCUCCAGAUUCCUAUUCUGAACCUGCCUAUAACCCCCUUCCUAUGUCCACCAAUGCUUUGUAUCGUGAGUCUGCUUCUCCUGUCUCUUCUCGUAGAAAUCAUCCGGCCUCAGGGGAUGGACAUGGCAUAGCAGAUACAAUGGGUAGAAUGACAUUGACUGAUGGAAACUAUGAGGAUGAAACUUUCCAUGAAGAUCACCAAGAUAUACUGGUUCCUCUACUGACUGAACUAUCAAAUCACAAUGGAAGGUUUGAAGAGAGAAAGAAUGCCAUGAUGCAGUUAAUCCGCCUCACUCGGUCUGAGAGCCUGUCGCUUUGGGAUGACCACUUCAAGACAGUUCUCCUUCUAAUGCUAGAAACCUUGGGAGAUGUAGAGUCAUCAAUACGAGCCAUGGCAUUGCGUGUCCUUAGAGAGAUCUUGAGGAAUCAACCUGGUCGCUUUAAGGAUUAUGCUGAGCUCACUAUUCUCAAGAUAUUAGAGGCACAUCGUGACCCACACAGUGAAGUUGUAAGGCAAGCAGAAGAGACUUCGGCCACCCUAGCUAUUUCCAUUGCCCCUAGCCAGUGUGUCCGAGUCCUAUGUCCCAUCAUCCAAACUGCUGACUGUCCUAUCAACCAGGCUGCCAUCAAGAUGUUGACCAAGAUUGUUGAAUUAAUGUCAGAAGCAGACCUAAUGGAAAUCUUACCUGAGGUGAUAGCUGUUCUACUCAAGUCCUAUGACCACACUGAGAGUAGUGUCCGCAAGGCCAGUGUCUUUUGUCUUGUGGCCAUCCACAACAUCAUAGGUGAUAAACUCAAAGAGAAACUAGCAGAUCUACCAGGAUGCAAGAUGAAACUGUUGAACCUGUAUAUCAAGCGUGCUCAAGCAGAAAAAGACGCUCAGACGCCUUCUCCAAGUAGUCCUUCUGCUUUAUCAACUGGAAGCAGAUAGUACCCAUCCUAAUAUUAGACUUUAUACACCAGCACACACGCAACUUUGGAUGGGACUAUUGGUAGAGACCUGAGCAUAGACUCCGAAUCAGUGCACAGUCACAAUACAGUUUAUCAGUCAAAAGUGUAUAUUGGUUUCAAUUACCCCCAAGUUAAUAUAUUGUCAGCUAACCCAGCAGCACCACAUAAUCACCUACAGCACAUGGUAAUCUAUUUAUGGGACUGUACAGAGAGAACUAAUAAAAAACUAAUGAAGAAUCUACUUGGAAUUUUGUCUGCUUGACCUGCAAGAAAUGGAUAUAUGGUUUCCUUUAGCUAAUAUUUGCAUACUACUUUGUGUCUGACUGUUGUAAAGUAUGAAGAAAUCAAUCAAUUAGUCCAUUUCUAAUUUAUCUAUUUCCACUGUUGGUAAAAUAUAUUUUCAGAUACCUUCAUUAAGUUGCUGUAAAUCAGGUGGAAUAGCCAUAAACCCCACAUAUUCACAUUACCCUAAUACAACUCACCAUGGGUCCAACUCCAGGGGAAAAGGUUACUAAAUUCUACACCUUUAUCAACAUUUUCUUCCAAAUCCAUUGAACCUGGCUUGAAUAUCAAA